UUAUAACACAGACCUAUGUUCUUGUGUCCGCUUAUAUUGUGUUCAUGUUCUAGAAGUGUUGAUGCUAAGUUAAAAUUUCAUGUUCCAGAAAUUGUUUUGUUUAAUCAAGACAUUUGUACAAACUUGCAGUUGGUGGAACUGAAAGAAGCUGAGAAGCAAUCUCUCAAGGAAUCUGAAAGAUUAGAAAAGGAAGUUGCUGAAGUGCAAGAGUUGAAGAAAAAACUCAGUACCAUGACAGCAGAUGAAUACUUUGAGAAGCAUCCUGAGUUAAAGAAGAAAUUUGACGAUGAAAUUCGAAAUGAUUACUGGGGCUACUAAUUGGCUUCAUGAGCAGUUUUCUGGAUCCUCUUGUGGGGGGUAUUCUCUGCGUUCAUCUGUUAGAAAUAAAAUGAAAGAACCAAUUGGUUUGUCAUUUCAUUUGCUGCGGUAUUUUGAAGAAUGUGAACUGAUACAAUGUACUUUGGCUCUGAACAAAUGCAGUCUCGAGUUGGAGGCAAAAGAUAUCUUGAAUGGAUGAGUUUUAUCAUAAUUCCAUAACUGAAGAAAUCUUGAAUUCUUUGAUACUGAAAUGCUCACCAUUCAGUGUGAAUUCUUUCUUUUUUCUGACCUACUAAAUGCAAAGACAGGUUUCAUUUCCA